AUGGCAGGUAUGGUAAUGGUAACAAGGGGUGGUGGAUGUGGUGGCGGUGUAGGAAAUGGGAAGAGCUCAAAAUCUGCUGCAGUUGAGGAACAAAACAAUCAGGAACACCAGCGGCAGCAGCAGCAGCUCUCUUUGCUGGAUUUUCUUAUAUCAGCUUUAAGAAAAUCCAUGGUGUCGUGCAGGGUGGAUAGGCAGGAUGAGAUGAUCACCACCGUUCAUCACAUGGAAAUCGGGUGCCCCACAAACGUCCAACACAUAACUCAUGUCACUUUCGAUCGAUUUCAUGGAUUUCUGGGUCUCCCUGUUGAGUUUGAAGUUGAAAUCCCAUGUAGAGCUCCCAGUGCCAGUGUCAGUGUAUUCGGUGUAUCAGCAGAAUCAAUGCAAUGCUCUUACGACACAAGAGGCAAUAGUGUCCCAACUAUACUUUUACUAAUGCAAGAAAGAUUAUAUGUGCAAAGUGGUCUAAAGGCAGAAGGGAUUUUUCGGAUAAAUCCAGAGAAUAGCCAAGAGGAGCAUGUUAGGGACCAACUCAACAGAGGAAUUGUGCCUGACAACAUUGAUGUCCAUAUUUUAGCUGGUCUGAUCAAAGCUUGGUUCCGAGAACUCCCGUCUGGUGUGCUUGAUGGGCUUUCCCCAGAAGAAGUGUUACAAUGCAAUACAGAAGAGGAAUCUGUUGAGCUCGUAAAACAACUGAAACCGACUGAGAGUGCAUUGCUUAACUGGGCAAUUGAUCUAAUGGCUGAUGUAGUCGAACAAGAGGAAUUCAAUAAAAUGAAUGCUAGAAAUAUUGCUAUGGUUUUUGCCCCGAAUAUGACUCAGAUGUCAGAUCCAUUGACGGCUCUUAUGCAUGCUGUUCAAGUAAUGAACUUAUUGAAGACAUUGAUCAUGAAAACGUUGCGAGAACGUGAAGAGGCAGCAGCUGGAGGAUACUCUCCAAUGUCAUCACGUUCCUCCAAUGGGCGAACGGACGAGGAAUAUGAAAGCCAACGAGAGAUGGAUACUAGCUGUGAAUCAACAGGACCAGCAUCUGAUGACGAUGAUGAGCCACCCCAUUACAGCACCAGCAGUGAAGACAGAGAUGAAGUUGAAUCACUGAGCGAGAUAGAAGAAUGCUUCUUAAGGCAAUUGGACAAGAAUGAAAAUGCAAAAAAUGGCUUUCGGAAACAACUAGAGGGAAUUUUGUGUAGAGAGCAAGUGAGUCCUGGAGGUGGUUCUACAUUCAAUGAGGAUUCUUGUGUUCCAUUAUCCGACAGCAAGACAGGUAGUUCCUGCCUGAGCACGGAAGAGGGAGAAGAUUCAAGAGCAACGAAUGGACCGGUAAUAUCUGCAGCCGUAAAAAAUAUAGAUAUGUUAGACAAUGUGGUAGAAUCUCCGUUCCCCCCCAAGCAAUUGUGUGUUCCUAGUUAA